GAAGAAGUAACUUCCGGCUGAGUGAGUACAGUGAUGACGAGCAACCCGAGCUCGCGGCUGUGACGAAGCCACAAACAAAGUCGCCGAGUGGAAAAGUUCCAAGUAGGGCUUCUCGGCGUUAUCUUGUCUUUUGUGUACAGGAAGUGUUGGUGCCCUCUUCCUGUCAGCUGAACCGCUCAGUCGAGCGUUCCCCGCCACCCAUACAGGUGGAAGCGUGUAGAGCGGAGGGUGCGCGCGCGCAGCAUCACACGUCAUCAUGGUGCUCGCCGAUCUGGGCCGCAAGAUCACGUCGGCGCUGAGGUCGCUCAGCACCGCCACCAUCAUCAAUGAAGAGGUUCUCAACUCCAUGUUGAAGGAGGUGUGCGCCGCCCUCCUGGAGGCCGACGUCAACAUCAAGCUGGUCAAGCAGCUGCGAGAGAAUGUCAAGGCCGCCAUCGACCUGGAGGAGAUGGCGUCGGGUCUGAACAAGAGGAGGAUGAUCCAGCACGCCGUCUUCAAGGAGCUGGUCAAGUUGGUGGACCCCGGCGUGAAGGCGUGGACGCCCUCCAAAGGGAAGAACAACGUCAUCAUGUUUGUCGGCCUGCAGGGCAGCGGCAAGACCACAACUUGCUCCAAGCUGGCGUAUUACUACCAGAGAAAAGGCUGGAAGACGUGCCUCAUAUGCGCCGACACCUUUCGAGCCGGCGCCUUUGAUCAGCUCAAACAGAACGCCACCAAGGCCCGAAUCCCCUUCUAUGGCAGUUACACAGAAAUGGAUCCGGUGGUGAUCGCCGCAGAGGGCGUGGACAAGUUCAAAGGGGAGAACUUUGAGAUCAUCAUCGUGGACACGAGCGGACGCCACAAACAGGAAGACUCGCUCUUCGAGGAGAUGCUGCAAGUCUCCAACGCCGUGCAACCGGACAACAUCGUCUACGUGAUGGACGCGUCCAUCGGUCAGGCCUGCGAGUCUCAGGCCAAAGCCUUCAAAGACAAAGUGGACGUGGCGUCGGUCAUCGUCACCAAACUGGACGGGCACGCGAAAGGAGGAGGAGCUCUGAGCGCGGUGGCGGCAACCCGCAGUCCCAUCAUCUUCAUCGGCACGGGCGAGCACAUCGACGACUUUGAGCCCUUCAAGACGCAGCCGUUCGUCAGCAAGCUGCUCGGCAUGGGCGACAUCGAGGGCCUGAUCGACAGAGUCAACGAGCUCAAGCUGGACGACAACGAGGACCUGAUCAACAAGCUCAAACACGGCCAGUUCACGCUCAGAGACAUGUACGAACAGUUCCAGAACAUCAUGAAGAUGGGACCCUUUGGACAGAUCAUGGGCAUGAUUCCAGGCUUUGGAACGGACUUCAUGAGCAAAGGAAACGAGCAGGAAUCCAUGGCCAGGCUGAAAAAACUCAUGACCAUCAUGGACAGCAUGAACGACCAAGAGUUGGACAGCAAGGACGGCGCCAAGCUGUUCAGCAAGCAGGCCAACCGCAUCCAGCGCGUGGCCCGCGGAGCGGGCGUGGCCACGCGGGACGUCCAAGAACUUCUGACGCAGUACACAAAGUUUGCGCAGAUGGUCAAGAAGAUGGGCGGGAUUAAAGGCCUCUUCAAAGGAGGAGACAUGUCCAAGAACGUCAACCCUUCGCAGAUGGCCAAACUCAAUCAGCAGAUGGCCAAGAUGAUGGACCCGCGAGUGCUUCACCAUAUGGGAGGCAUGCAAGGCCUGCAGUCGAUGAUGCGUCAGUUUCAGCAGGGGGCGGCGGGAAACAUGAAAGGCAUGAUGGGAUUCAACAACAUGUGAGCGGCACAGAUGCCACCGCUGCCUGGAGGGAGGAACUCGGCUUUCUUCUUUUUUUUUCUUCUUUUUUUGGGGGGGGUUGAAUGCCGAUGAAGAAGCUGCGUUGAUUGGACGAGACUGGACGAUGGGCGCGGCAACCAACCAACGUUUCUAUUGGUCCAUUUUUAAUCCGAUGUGCAAUCGUAGGUGAUAUGAGCUAAACGAUGUCAUCCCUUGUGAAAGUUUUGCGAGUGAAAUAUAGAAAGUUCCCAUUCUCAAAUUGGCUUGUUUGUUUGUGUGGGAUUUUUUGGAUCGGAAUUUGAUGGCAUCCUUUUCCUGGCUUGCUCGAAGAUCUUUGUACUAACCUCGGGGUGAGCAAAAAAAACUUACAAAGUGACAUUUACCUACAAUCUCACUUUGGUUAUAAAAUCUUCAAAAUGCAUUCUCGGUACCAUGGAACUAUGUGGAAAUGAAUUCAGGAGCUGCAUUUUGCGCUUUUUCACCACCUUGUGGGCAUCUUUGUCCCAAGGAAUUACAUUUUCAUGAAUUUGAGCGCUUUUGCGAAAAAACGACAAAGAAAAAAAAAUGCUUGUGUCCAUUACGGUUCAACUCUAUGUGUACAUUUAUUUCAAAUGCAACUCUGUCGAAGAUGACAUUUUGAGUUUAAUGUGAGGAAGGUGUCCUUUGUUUGUCUUAUACAAAACAUCUUUAUCUAGCACUUUCGCAACACCUGCAGCUCUAACAAAGUGCUUUACAGAAUGCUUCCUUUAAGAAAAUAAGAACGCCAUUUAACAUUA